CAUACACACGCAUUAUCACUGGUACAAGCAGGAGACAAACAGAUCGAUCGUCACUACUUUCAGCAGUAAACUGGAGAACUCUCAGUCGUGGUCAGAACCAGAAGAGGAAAUGUCACAUGACAGCACAGAUGGAGUUUGGCGAUCUCACCGUCAAGGAUCUGGACUAGGUGCGUUCACAAAUGGAGGUGGAUCUGUGUCCCCACGGUUCCGACUGGUCGCGCUGAGUCUGGGUCUGCUGAAUGCUCUUCUGCUGAUUGCUGCCAUUUUCAUUGGGAUCUAUUGUGCCAAAGCCAAAGAUCUCCAGCCUCCCCACUCUGCUCCUCUGCCCUUUACCAUUGAGCUAAACUAUCUCAGGAGCAACCACAGUGAAAUGAUCAGAGCCAAAUUGGAGAGCCAGGCAGCUUUAGUUAGAGAGCGUGCCAACCAAAUUCAUCUGAUGCUGCAAGUGAAGCAGCAGAAGAUUGUCAUGGAUGUCCAUCAGAGAAAUAUUGAGACUCAAAGGAUACAGAAGGCAAAUCUAGAGACCAACAAAACUGCUCUAGAGGAAACCUGUGGCAGGUGCCCACAAAGAUGGGUAUUUCUUAAAUCUUCCUGCUAUUAUUUUUCCAAACGCGAGUCCAUUGGCAGGAGGAACUGGCUUGAAAGCAGAGCAGACUGUAUGGGACGAGGGAGCGAUCUUGUUGUGAUCAAUAACUUGGAGGAGCAGAUUCUUUUGAAUGAAAACCUCCCACAGCAGCCCACGUACCACUAUCCUUGGUGGAAGAACAGCUUCUGGAUGGGCCUCAAUGAUGUAGUGGCCAACGGGACCUGGGUGUGGGUCAACAAUGUGACUGAGGUGGAGACGAUGUUCUGGAGAGAUGGACAACCCAGCUACAGUGGAGAUCAGAGAGGAAACUGUGGUGCUUCUUUUCAAUCUUCGGAGACCAGGAAGACAUGGCUUAAUGGAAACUGUAAAGUCCACCUGCUUGACUGGAUUUGUGAGAUGGAGCCAAAGUAACCACCAUGUCCCUCAAGGGGAAAUCACGAUAACAGAAUAAAUAGUUUGCGUGUUUGUAGACUUAUAACAAUAAAUAAACUGCAGCUUGAUACAGAA